CACGGAAACGGAAACUGGCUGCAGACCAGAGAGGGAGGCAGAGGCUGGAGUCUGCUGCUGCCCUGGCUGGCUCUGAAACCCACGCAUCCCAUCCACCCUCUCCUCGCUCCCUACUCGGCUACUCCCUAGCUGCCCCGCCGCCCGGCGAUGUCGUCGUCGUCCUCGGCCCUGGCCAAGGGCAAGUCCGCAGUCGGAUCCUCGUCCGGAUCCGCCAAAUUCGAGGCCAAAGGGAAAUCCUCAGCAGCAGCCGCCUCCGCCAAGCGAGCGACCACCACCAGGGGCAGAGGGAAGGCCGAGAAGAAGGUCUACUCGCUGCCCGGCCAGAAGUUCGAUCCUCCGGAGGAGAGGGAGCCUCUCAGGAUAUUCUACGAGUCCUUGUCCAAGCAGAUCCCCUCCAGUGAGAUGGCUGAAUUCUGGUUAAUGGAGCAUGGUUUGUUGUCUCCGGAGAGAGCAAAGAAAGCAUAUGAAAGGAAGCAAAAGCGGCAGCAGCAAGUUCGAAUGGGGACCCCGAUUAAGCCUAGCGGAAGAAAAGACAGACCAGCCGAAAGUUCAAGGAAACCAGCCGCAUCGAGCAAUAUGAACUUGAAGGCAAAGAAAAGAGUUGAUUACAGUGACGACGAUGACGAUUUCAUUGUGAAGUUGAAGAGAUCCACCAAGGGGUGACAGUUUGACAGAUGAGGCGGAUAUAUUUACUUUAGUUUCUACAUACCAACAAAGACAUUCUUUAUUUAGGAUAUAUCUGUAUGGUGUAUUUGGCAGCAUACACUGGUUGUUUAUUUAUUUUCAAAACACAUAGGCGGUUCGUCAUGCAACAACUGUAUCUGUAUGUUCACUCAUCUCGAAUAUAUAUGGAUCUGUCUGCUCAUCCGGUGACUUA